UUGUCGCCAACAGCCAUUUAGCUCCGUAGUGCUACUGGUGUGUUCCUGUCUACAUUGACUGUUAACUGGGAUACCUGGACCUGGAAUCUCUGGAUUAUCCCAUUUGGUCAUGGAAUUGUUGCUGUUUGUUCUGUUCCCGUUCAGUCCGCAGCGCUGACUGUUGGCUAUGACUGUUCCCUGGUGUUUUGAAGCGUUCCCCGGGAUAUGACUGUGAUGGCUGCUGUCCAUUGAACUGGGAGCACGUUGACUCCUCAGUUAAACAUUGGGGCAACUUGUCUUGAUUAUCAUUUCUGGAACUAAAUCAACCUGUGAAGUGUACAUGAAUAUUUACUGGCAAGGGAUCCUUAACUUGGUGAAAAGGGGCUUAUUGAAGCAGGCGGACGAUGCAGUCAUUAAUUCUGAUCUGAGGAUGAACAGCAGACUGGAGCUUUCCAAGGGGGCGUGCAUCUGAGGUCUGAGAUGGGUCAGCCCCAGUCUCUUCAGGUCAAGGAGGCGAUGUGGGAAACGGUGUGGAGGAGACACAGGCUGCAGCCCUGAGCAGGUGCACUGCUGUAGGGAGGAGCACGGCCCCCCCUGCGGCCCUCUGUGGCCCUCUGGGACGCUUGAACUAAGAUGUCCCUCAGCAGCAGCCCUGCAGGUGGGAAAGGUGUGGACUCCAAUGCGGUGGACACUUACGACAGUGGUGACGAGUGGGAUAUUGGUGUUGGGAAUCUGAUCAUUGACCUGGAUGCUGAUUUAGAGAAGGACAAGUUAGAGAUGUCAAGCAGUAAGGAAGGAGGAGGAAUGGCCGCCCCUCCGGGUGCUGUAGCUGUUUUACCUGACAACAUAAAGUUUGUCAGUCCUGUUGCUGCCAUGCAGAGCAAAGAUGGCAAGUCCAAAUCGAAGCGCAGUAAAAACUCCAAAGAAAGUGGAAAGACUCCAGAUGGAACUAAGAAGGAGACCCAAAGCAGGGCCCAGGGAGACAUGGCACCCCAGAACACUAACUCUACCCUAACUAAGGGGACUGAUAAGUCUGGUAAAGCCUCUCGUAUUCCCCCUGCUGUAAAAAAGGACAAAGAUGUGGCAUACGGAAAAACUAAAAAGGAAAAAAUAGAAGCUGUAGCGACAAGAAUGGUCAACACUGAGAAGGAGUCUGGUGUUGCUGUUCUGCCUCUUGGAGCCCCUCGUACCAGCUCCUUCGAGAAUCAACAAAACCCAGAGUUAAACCCUGUGGACCAGUUUGGGAACCUGGCUUUGGACUCUGCAGGGUUUGGCCAGGCUGUCACCAUGAUGACAGAGCAGGAGGAGGAAGACAACGCAGAUUGCCGAAAUCUGAAGAAAGUUGUCAGUAGUGAGAAGAUGGAAUCUCCCUUUUCCACCUGUGCUCCUCCUCCUCUUCACCUUCUCGGUCCUCCUGCUAACAGCAGCGACAUCUCGUCCCCUUGUGAGCAAAUCAUGGUUCGCACGCGCUCCAUUGCAGUGAACACAGCAGAAGCAGCUCUGGCCACUGAGCCGGAAUGUCUGGGACCCUGUGAGCCUGGCACCAGCGUCAACCUGGAAGGAAUUGUGUGGCAGGAGACCGAAGAUGGGAUGCUAGUGGUUAAUGUCACCUGGAGGAACAAGACAUAUGUUGGGACCCUUUUGGACUGCACAAGACACGACUGGGCCCCGCCGAGGUUUUGUGAAUCCCCCACCAGUGACAUGGAGAUGCGAAGUGGCCGUGGGCGGGGAAAAAGGAUGCGACCCAGCACCAACGCGCCUUUGAAUGACAACAGCAACUCAUCAGACAGCAAAGGCAGUGGGAGCAAGACUCGUGGUGCUGCUGCAACCAGCAAAGGGCGACGGGGUGUGGUGGUGGGAUGUGGUGAAGAUGCAAAGGCCAGCCCAUCCUCUGCCAAGAGAAAAACUAAACCUGUGUCUGACAUGGAACCUACCUCCAGCUCUGAGGACUCUAAAGCCUCAAAGCGCAUGAGAACCAACUCUUCUGGUGUGGGGACUCUGGUCCCUGCUGGGAAAACAGAAGCCCUGGCCCCCCCACAACUGGAGCGGACUUGUCCUUCACCUAUACUUAUCGACUGCCCCCAUCCCAACUGCAACAAGAAAUACAAACACAUCAACGGGCUGAAGUACCACCAGGCUCGCGCCCAUAAUGACCACGAUGUACGACUGGACCAGGAUGGGGACAGUGAAUAUGGGGAUGACUCUGUACUCCAGCAUGACCCAACUUCCUGUAAUGGUGCUGCGUUCUCUCCCGCCCGCUCCAAUACUCCCAAAGGACGGGGCUUCGAUGCCCCUUCUCCCUCGUCAGGAAAGCAGACAUUGAAGGGAAAAAAGAAGGCAGGGGAAGGGGAGCCUGAGGCUACUGACGGCGGUGAGGAGGGUGGAUGUUUAACCGAUGAGGCCAGCAAUGAUGGAGUGGAUGACAGAAAGGCCAGAAGAAUGUCAGUCAACAGCAAACCUGAUAAAUCAAGUCAGAAAAGUGCAAAGAUGGGCCGACCGUUGCCUCUUGGGGUUGCGUCAUCAUAUUCUCCCCAGGCACCGUCUCCUGCAUUGAGCUCAGUGGUACAGUCUGUACCCAGCAGCCCCCAGCUGAAAAACAGCCAAACUAAACCCUCUCCACUCUCUGACCCUUCAUGCAGCCCCACCCUCGGGAAAGACAAGAAAAAGAAAGACAAGAAGAAGAGGGACAGUUGGAAGGAGGAGGAUAGUCCAGGAGCAAUGAACAAGAUAGGGCGGCUGGAGGAGGGAAAAAGUCCGUAUUCCGAGACAACAGAUAGUUUGUUGAAUGGUUGCAUGGAAGCUCACCAGAGCCGUUUGGCAAGCAUCAAAGCCGAGGCUGACAAGGUCUACAGUUUCUCCGACAAUGCUCCAAGUCCGUCCAUCGGCGUCGCAAGCAGGAUAGAGGCUGGUUUAGCAACACCAUUGCACCAGAACCAAAACGGUGCUGACAAUGUGUCUGUGAAGACCAGCAGCCCCGCUUACUCUGACAUCUCUGAUGCAGGCGAAGAUGGAGAAGGGAAGGCAGAGGGUGUGAAGGUCAAACCAGAUCCUGAUCAGGGGCCGCGCGAAGGUGCCAAGAAAACACUGUUCCCUUCUCAGGCUCCCAGUAAGGAGUCGCCAUACUACCCCAACUAUGACUCCUACUACUCGCCAAGCUAUCCAAACCCCAGCCCAGGAGCAGUACCAGGAGCAACUGCUCAUAUGGAAGUAACACAGGUGAAGGUGAAGAAGGAGGAAGACUUGGAGGUGGUGGAGGAGGGCAAGCUUAAGGUGGAACCUCCGGAGGAGAGGAAGGCAGAACUGGGUCCUCAGCAGCCAUCAGUCAUUCAGCCCCGCUCCAACAUGUACUCCCAACCUCUGUAUUACAACCAGUACUAUGUGGCCCCCUACUCCUAUGCCUCUGAUCCUGCCUACCAUAACCACCUGCUGGCCUCUAACCCUGCUUACCGUCAGCAAUAUGAGGAGAGGCAGCGACAAUCUGACAAGAAGCUGGAAGGCAAAGACCGUGACUCUAUUGGGAAAGAUGAGUGGAAGCAGAAGACAGGUCCCCCUUCAGGCUCUGGCGCCCCUGGUCUCACAGACCUGGGGCCUAAAGGAUUGGUCACCCCGGCCAAAUCUAAAGAUCCUGCAGCAGCUUCAGAACAGGCCAAAUCGGUCAUUAUGGCUAAAGGAGAGGAAAUGAAACUCCCCAGCUCCCAGGCUGAAGGGCUGAAGAUGAAACUUCAUGAAACGAGUCACCAUGGGAAAGAAGAGGCCAAACCAGGGAUAGAACUAGGCAGACCAACAGGUGUGGACUCCACCAUGUGGUACAGACAGGAGCCAGACUCUCGCCUGUGGCCCUAUGUGUAUCCCAGUAAAUACUCAGAAGCUGCAAGACAGCAAGAAGAAGAAAGGUGGAAAGAUGAGAGGGAGAGAGAUAGGAAGGCCAAGGAGGACAAGCCGCGAGUAAAGGAAAGCCUUCAGAAGGAUGAGGUGAAAGAAGGGGUGGAGGGCAGAAUGCCGCUGCCCCCAGAGGAGUACCAAGGUGGAGGGAAGGAGGUCCGCGUCCCCCACAUGCAGUUCGCCUCCCCGCUGGCCCAGCAUCAGGGCUACAUGUCCUACAUGCAGGGACCUUAUGGCUACAGCCAGGGCUUUGAUCCCAGCCACCCCGGCUACAGAGGCAUGCCUGCAGUCAUGAUGCAGAACUACCCAGCUUCAUACCUGCAGGCCGGUUACCCGUUUUCUUCAUAUGGAGGGAAAGUGGCAGGAGGGGAGGACGGGGAGAAACCCUCCAGGUCAAGUCCAACUGUGAAGCCGCCCAGCGAGGCCAAAGCUCUGGACCUGCUGCAGCAGCAUGCCAGCCAUUACAAAAGCAAAUCGCCCUCCGUUCAAGACAACAAAACGGCGCAGGAACGAGAACGAGACUGGGAACGGGACAGGGAGCGUGAGAGAGAGGGCGCUCGGCCUCGGUCUUCUCCUUCACAUCGCGUCAUUCCUCCCCAUCAUCACCUGGGAUACCCUCUGCUGUCUGGACAGUAUGACCUGUCCUACGCUGCCGGCCUCUCCUCUUCAGCCAUCGUUGCAAGUCAGCAAGCAUCGGCCCCGUCCAUGUACCCCCCUCCACGGAGGUGAAACUGGUAGUUUUGAUUGGCUGAACUCCGCCCAUCCAAGUUAUGUGACUGGAUCACAUGAAAGCAUCUUUCUGUUGUGACACCACUUCAUGUUCCACAUCCAGCAGACUCCCUGCUGGACCGGACCAAAACAGUUCUGCUGGUUCUGGGCGGUUCAGCCGCCUCCACACUGUGGUUCCCAGACAGGGGGCGCCGUGGAGCUGCCAGGUGGAAACAGAGACGCGCUGGUGGUGAAGAGUGACCGGAGGUGGCGUGAUGGGCGGUCGGCGUCGUUCUGUCGUCUCACUGGUUCAUGUUUUCCUCUCAUCCUCAUACAUGUCAAAGUUCUCUCACUCCCCACUCAGAACGCCAUCAUCACUUCUUCACCUGGAUGCAUCAUGGAAAAAAAAAAGGACUCUGAGGACAUCCAGAGGCUGGCUGAGGAGACGUGUGUAAAUGUAAUGUAGUGUGUGCGAGUGUGCAUGUGUGUGUAAAUAUUGUACAGAGGAAUUAUUUUAAAGAGUCUGUUGGAUGAUGUUGAAUUUCUUACUCUUCUUUUUGUCUGUUAGCCUCUGUUUUUCUACUGUUGUUGAUCAGAUAUUAAACCUGUAGCUGUUGGAAAGCUG